UUUUUCAUUGUCUUUUGGUCAUUCAUGGCUACAUGUGUGAUGAUGAAGAACUCAAUUUUCUUGAUCAUUUUUGCAUGCUUGUGGACUUGUCAUGAUGCAAGGGACACAUUGGCACCGGGGGACACUCUUGAUUCCUCGAGUUCCUUAGAAUCUGCAUCGGCAAAGUUCACCUUGUCUUUCGUUGAUCAACGGAAUUCCAACUUCAAAUAUUUAGCCAUCCGUCGCAAUAAAUACAACCCAAACAAAGCUUGGAUUGGCAACAGAAACAGACCUAUUUCAUCAUCUUCAUCUCCACUUCUUACCUUGGAUUCUAAUUACACAUUGAAGAUUACUCAAACGGGUGAAGACCCAAUUGUCAUUUGCUCUGCUCCACAAACUAGUAAUAGUACUAGUAGCGGUGUUGUGGCUACCCUUUUGGAUUCCGGCAAUCUUGAAUUACAAGAAAUGAAUGGAUCGAGGGUUUUUUGGCAAAGUUUUGAUUAUCCAGGAGACACAUUUUUACCGGGUAUGAAGUUAGGUGUCAACCAUAGUGAUGGCCACAUCUGGUCACUUGUAUCAUAUGUAGAUACCUACAACCCGGCUCUGGGGCCUUUCAGUCUUGUUUGGGACCCGAAUGAACAUGAACUAAAAAUCAAUAAAAGCGGGGUGGUUUAUUGGACUAGUGGAGUCUUGAGAUCAGAUGGAACAUUUGAAUUUAUUUUGCCUAAUGUGUCCAAGCAGAGGUACAAUUUUAGCAUUGUAUCUAACGAAAAUUAUGGCUACCUCACUUACACUGCUGUAGGUGAUCAGAGUCUUCAACCAGAAUGGGUGCUAUACAGCAGUGGGAUACUUCAGGAAUAUGAAGGACAGAUGAAUAUUGUACAAGCACAGAACUGUGAUGGCUAUGACACCGAUGGAGGGUGCGUCCGAAGGUUCCAAUCAACGAAAUCCUCUGGCACAAAAAUUGAUAAAUGGGUUUGGAUUGGCACUUCUAUAGCUGCUGCUCUAGUGCUUUGCACCGCGUACUAUCUACUCCGACGAAGAAGAUCAGCCCUUCCAUCAGCUGGUGAGAACCGGACAGAGAUUGAGAACGAAAUGCUUAUCUUCAUGAAAUCUAAUUGACCUACUGAUGAUGUUAAUGGUCUCCGAAAUGAUGGAAAUAUAGGACAUCAUGAUUUAAGCGUUUUUAGCUAUUCAUCCAUCUUGGCUGCCACAAGCAACUUUGCUGAAGAAAACAAGCUAGGAGAAGGAGGGUUUGGACCGGUUUAUAAGGGGAAAUUGGCGAUGGGACAA